AUCACGACCUAUAUAUAGAGAGAGAGUUUGGUCGUCGCGGGUAAAACGAGUUCGCCGCGAGAUUUCGCACUGGUGGUGGUCUCUCCAAAUCAAAGUAUUAUCGCGGGUGGGUCAGACUCCCCAGCCAUCAGAUUCGCAAUGAAACGUCUCCGCACGACGGCCGGCGGUGGCUCCGGCUGGUCCGCCCUCCCCGGCGACCUCCUUGAGCAGAUCUCCGGCUACCUUUCCACCGACGCCGACCACCUCCACAUCCACCAGGUCUGCGCCCCAUGGCGAGCCUGCACCCCUUCUCCCUCCGCUUUCCGCCCGUGGAUCCUGGCCCGCUGGACGGCCCGGAGCCCACCGCCGGCACCCUCCUCCUGUAAUUACUCCGUCUGGCUCCCCCGCCGCCACCUCCAGCGGGAGGUGGGCAUCGGCGCCCCGCCGGCCGGCGUCCCGUACUGCUGCGGCGCAUCCCGCGGCUGGCUCGCCCUGACCGAUAACGCCAGCUCCCCCACGCGGCUUGUGCUGUGGGACCCGGCCUCCGGCGCCGAGGUCCACCUCCCGCCCCUGCCGGGCGUCAUCCAGGUCUUCCUCUCCGCGGAUCCGCUCGCCUCGCCUGACUGGAUGGCGGUCGCAAGCCAGCGCUACGGGAACAUGGGGGCGCAGAAGCCCUUCUUCUGCCGGCCUGGGGACGCCGCCUGGAGCGUCCUCUGCGACCGGCCCACCGCCGGGGUCGACAGGGUAGCGUUCCACGGGGGGAGGAUAUACUACAUGGAUUGGAUGCAUGUCCUCGUCGUCUGCGACCUCAACCGUGGGCCGGCGCCACACGUCCAGAUCAGGAACAUCAGCGGCCACAUUAGCCGGCUCUGCAGCUGCGACCGCUACCAUGGCAUCCGCAGGGCCCACAUGGUGUCCUGUGCCGGCGACUUGCUGCUUGUUGUCCUGCGCAAUGACAGUGGCCACCCGUCCUUCGCUGAAAUCUAUAAGCUUGAGUCGCCGCCGGAGCGUGGGCCGCCACUGGAGCUCGGUGAUAGAGUAACGGACCUUGGCAAUCACUCUCUCUUCCUUGCUCGCGGCGAAAACUUCGCCCUUUCUGCCAAGGAGUUCCCCGCUAUCAGGAGGAACCAUAUCUACGGCUUGGAAUUUGAUGGGAAUUACUCUCGUAACUAUGACCACGCUUGGCCUGAUUGGGCGUUUGUGUUCGACCUGGGUUCAGGUACUUUGAAAAAAAUUCCAUACCCAGGAGAGUUCAGGGACGAAGGAAGCAAUUGGCAGCCACUUUUCUGGUUGUGUCUCAGAAGCCAAUUCAUGAGGAAGCAGCAAAACGCCUUAUCGAGAAAUGAAGAUCCAGCAACACUGAGCUCUGCAGCUGGUGUUGAAGUUUUCAGAGAUGGCAUUCAGAGUAUCAUCUGUUGAAGAUCUAAUGGAGGGCGACGAACCUCUCUGUGACUACUCACUGUUUGUGGUCCAAUUUGAUGCAUUGUCCUUGUUUGUAAAUCGAUUUUAUGCCAUCAAGAGGAACAAUGUAUAGUGUGCAGACAGACAUCACAAGCAGCAACACUAGUGGAUCUGUGUUCCAUAAAGAAUUCACUACACUGUAGCACUUAUGGAAGAUAAGGAUCCACUUAAUCUUGCUCACAUUCUUUGCAAGUUGAGAAGAAAAUUUCUUCUCUCAGACCUUUGUACAUAAACUGUUUACCUAGUUUAUUUAUAAAUAUAUUCAGUAGGGUUCUCUCUACUAUUCUCCUAAAAAAAUACAUAAUGCCAACCUUCUGUACUCUCUUCAUGGUGUUAUUAUGAACCUUUGUACUUUGAA